AUGAAAUGUGGCUGUAAUCGGAUCCCAAAUCUAUCUUGUUUUUUCCUUCAUCUAUCUAUCUAUCUAUCUAUUAUAGCAUUUUUUAAAAUCUAUAUCAGUCUAUAUUCACAUUUUCCAUCUGUCUGGUCACAUCUAUCUAUCUAUCUAUCUAUCUAUCUAUCUAUCUAUCUAUCUAUCUAUCUAUCUAUCUAUCUCAUAGCUUUUUUUAAAGAAAUCUAUAUCAUCCAUCUGUCUGGUCACAUCUAUCUAUCUAUCUAUCUAUCUAUCUAUCUCAUAGCUUUUUUUAAAGAAAUCUAUAUCAACUCUUUGCUUCCGCUGUUUUCUUCUUUGCUUCCACUGUUUUCUUCUUUGCUUCCGCUGUUUUUUUCUUUGCUUCCACUGUUUUCUUCUUUGCUUCCGCUGUUUUUUCUUUGCUUCCGCAGUUUUCUUCUUUGCUUCGCUGUUUACUUCUUUGCUUCAGCUGUUUUCUUCUUUGCUUCUGCUGGUUUCUUCUUUACUUUCAUUUGUUUCUUUGCUUUUACUGGUUUCUUCUUGCUUCCGAUUAUUUAUUCUUUGCUUCCGCUGUUUACUUCUUUGCUCUCAUUGUUUUCUACGUUGCUUCUGCUGUUUUCUGCUUUGAUUCCACCCGUUUAUUCUUUGCUUUCACUGUUAUCUUCUUUGCUCCCACUGGUUUCUUCUUUGCUCCUGGUGGUAUAUUCUUUGCUUCCGCUGAUACUUCUUUUCUUUCGCUGA